AUGAGUGGAGGUGGAAGAGCUCAACCAUUGACAUGUUUACUUAUCAUGAAUGAGGAAAUUACUUUCCUUGCUAAGAAUUCUUUUCGAAUUUCUCAAGAAUUGUAUGAGGGGCGUUUGUUUAUAUCUUCUGAUCUUCGCGGGGAAUUGAUAGAUGUGGUGUUUGUAAAAGUUGCUCGACGAGAAGAUGCAGAAAGAAUAUUUCGAAGGACUGCCGCAGCUAGUGAUGGUGUUGUUUUAAAGCCGUGGAGGUAUUGGUUCUCCGGAGAAAAGGAGUUUUGCUACUUGCCUAAGGAUGCAGAGUUGAGGAAGGGAAUCUGGACUCUAUGUUAUGAUCAUUUCGAAAACAAUCUUAAAGAUUGGACGAAUUUGGUGAAGGGAAAUGUUGGUUAUUAUGAUAAGCUUAAACUACCUAUCAAGACUGGUAAUGGUUGUCGUCUUAAGGAAUUUUGGCGUGAUUCCAUAAGGGAGUUGAUUAAAGGUGUAGUUCGCAUACAUUCUAAGGGGUCAUAUCAUGGUGGGUUGGGUUCGGAGAACGGCCGUGAGUGGCAAAAGAAAGCAGAUAUUACGGACCUUUUAGGGAUGUUGAACAACUGGUUCGAAUCGAUACUAACGGGGGGGCAAAAGAAGUUGGCUGGAAUCUAUGAUGAAUUUGUGAAAAAAGUGGCGGGUCAUCCGUUUUUGUUAGAAGCUGAUGAAAGGAUGCGUCUCUUUGAUCAUUAUGAAGCUAUGAGGAAUGGUCCAAUCACUUCUCGAAGGGUCCACUCAGCGUUGGCAAGAUCCACUUUUGACAAUUUCAAAUCCUGGAACUCUACUUCAACCCUUAAUAACAUGGAUAACUUUACGUUGGGUGUUUAUAACCAUAGAAACUCCUCCGCAUCAAGAAAAACAAAGAAACUCCUCCGCAUCAAGAAAAACAAAGAAACUCCUCCACAUCAAAAAAAUAAAACCCACACUGGGGAUGUGGAGGAUCUUCUUAGGUACCUUAGGAAUCUGUAUCAUCAUUAUCAUCAUCAUGGUUUGGCUGCUGGUUCUAUGGAGGAUGUGGAUCGCGGUGUUACAACACAUUUUCGUGGGUUUUUGGAGCUGCUUUACAUGCAUUUGGAACUAUAG